AUGUUCACAUAAUCAGUAUGGAAAAUUUCAAAUAGAAAAUCAACUCCAAAGAUUAAAUUAGUUAAAACUGUUCCAGAUUUAUGUACUCCUUUAAAUAAAGUUUAAAGCACACCCAAACUAAGAACAAGUAGAAUUAAUUGGAAGGUUGAAUAAAAGCUUUAAGAAUUUAUACCUUCAGAUUCAGAUUAAAGAAUCCAUGAUUUAAUACUUAAUUCUUUACAAUAUAUGCCUAAAGAAAUAAUCAAUUCUAUAAAUUUGCAACAUUAUUAAAAUAGUUAUUAAUUGCAUCAUAGUAUCACUUAAUAAGAAUUAGAAUAUUAAUUAAUAUGUUCAUUGGAAUAAAUAAGUUAAGAAAUAAUAGCUAUUUUAAAAAGAUGAUUCAAAUAUUUUAGGAGUUGCUGAUGAUUUAAAUCCUUAUAAGAAAUAUAAUAUUACUGCAAUACCUAAAUUGAUAGAAAUUGUGAAUGGAGACAUAGAAAGCAUAAUUAAAUUCUUAAUUCCAUAAAAUAAGAAAUUAUCUUAAUGCAUAGAAUAUAUUUGGAAAUAUUGUGUUUUUAUGCUGGAUUUGACAAUGUAAUUCAGUUUAGAUAGAAGUAAUAAAUAUAUUUUUGAAUAAGUAACAAAAUUAUAAAAAAAAUUAUCAAAUGCAAAAAUUUAGAUACAUAAUUUUGAAAAUAGAAUAGUAAAAAUGACCUAAGAAUUUGAGACAUCAAUAUUGAAAGAAAAGUAAAGGUAUUAUGAAUUGUAAGCAAAAUAUGAGAAAAUAUUGGCUAAAGCAACAGAAUUGGAAAGAUUGAUAAAUGAAGAUAUAAAAACAGAGGGUAGAGAUGAUUCUUACAAAUUAAAAAAGAAUGUAAAAGAAUUGGAAGUAAAAUUUAAAAAUACUUGAAUCUUAAUUUAGUAAACAUGAAGAAGAAUUUGUUUCAUAAUUAACUAAUGUAGCAUAUGUGGCAAAAAAUAAAAGAGAAACAUGUUAAGCAUAAAUUCGAAAUAGAUUA